UUACGUGCAGGAAUCGAAGGAAUCAAUCAUAAUAUUUAAGACUGUAGACAGGAUAAUUGUAAAAGUUCGGAAGAUUCUCGCUUAAAAAAUGGUGAUUUAUGGAGUUUACAUUGUGAGCAAAUCGGGAGGGUUGAUAUUCAACCUGGAUCACAAUGUACCGAAGAUAGAAACCGAGCGAACGUUCAGCUAUCCUCUGGAAAUCAACUUGGAGUAUGAGCCGAAGAAAGUUUCAGUCGUGUUUGGACAGAAAGAUGGGAUCAAUGUUGGUCACGUGCUUGUCAGCGUCAACGGCAUCCUGGCCAACGGAUCCGUGCUGGAAGAUGGACGCGAUAUCAAAGAGAUUAUCGAAAACCAAGACAACUACCCGUUGACGUUAAAGUUAAGCCGGCCAAAGAUGACCACAAACGAGAAGAUAUUCCUGGCCAGUAUGUUCUAUCCGCUGUUUGCCAUUGCCAGCCAGCUGAGCCCGGAACCGAAGAGCAGUGGCAUUGAGGUGCUGGAAGCCGACACAUUCCGGCUGCAUUGCUUCCAAACCUUGACGGGGGUAAAGUUCAUGGUCGUGGCCGAGAGUCUCCAGGCCGGGAUGGAUGUCCUGUUGAAGCGAAUCUACGAACUGUACUCAGACUAUGUGCUGAAAAAUCCAUUCUACUCACUGGAAAUGCCCAUCAGGUGUGAGCUGUUCGAUGUGAACUUGCAGGCGCUGCUGGAACAGGUGGAAAAGGGCGGUAUUGCUAGUAUCUAAAGCGGGGAAUGGGUUAA